AGGACCUUCCUUCGUUUUUGUUUCUCCCUCUCCUUCUCCCUUUUUUCUCCUUUCUCCCUGAUAUCAAAUUGCAGAAGAAACGAAAUUCAGCAAUCGCCCGCCCCAUGGGAGAUUCCAGCCUUGCACUUGGUACAUCAGUUCAUAAAGCGCUUGGUGGCGGCUCAGUUGCUGAUGUGCUAUUGUGGAGAAAAUGGCGUGGCGGAGCUGUGAUGCUAGUCUCGGCAACGACGAUGUGGUACUUAUUCGAAGUAGCCGGUUAUAAUUUCUUAACUUUCGUGGCCAACGUGUUAUUGCUCCUUAUUGUUAUUCUCUUCUUGUGGGCCAAAUCUGCUUCACUUCUCAACAGACCUUUGCCGCCAAUUCCUAAUAUGGAAAUUUCUGAGAGAACGAUUGGGAUUGUCGCGGAUGAGUUACAAAUAUGGCUUAAUUGUGUAUUGUCAAUUGCACAUGACAUUACCAUCGGCAGAAAUUUGAAAGUUUUUCUUAAGGUUGCCCUUAGCUUGUGGUUUGUAUCAUUCAUUGGUAGUCUCUUCAACUUCCUCACUCUGGUCUAUAUUGGAGUUAUUCUUAUUUUAUCAGUCCCUUUGGUAUAUGAAAAGUACCAGCCUCACAUUGAUGAGAAGCUUUCUGUAGCGCACAGAGUCUUUCAAGAGCAGUGCAGGAAACUUGAUGAAACGGUCUUAAGUAAGCUUCCAUUGCCCUCAAACAAGGAAAAGAAGAUGCAGUAGGUACCAAGUGAGAAUCCCGUAUUCUCAUUGUCUCAAAUUGAAUAAUUAGCAACAAGUCAUCUAGAGGGGUGUGAUGUCCAGAUCGAUUGUCUUGUUUGAACUCAGUUGUCGGCUCCACUUGCAUCUCUCUUUGUUUAUCAAUCUCUCCCUCUCUCUCCCUCUCUCCCUCUCUCUCUCACUUACUUUAUGCAGGGAAUUCAGGUGGUUUAGUGAGACAAGAGGCAUAGAAUUGGGUUUUGAAGAUGUGAAGCACUUGAUUUCUUUUUGCUCGAUGCCAUCGAUAUUCCUUAUACUAGUUGAGUUUCUUUAGGAGCUGCUGGACUAACCUUGAUAACUUAUAUUGUUGGGAGAAGAUUCAACUUUUCUUUUUUUCCUUUCUUUUUCCCACUUAUGGGAACCCUAUAUUCUUGAUUUUUAAGUCUUGGCCUGCAGUUUAUACGUUUGUGGUUAUAUUUUUUUGUUUUUUUCAUAUUCAUUUGUGGAUUGGGGAAAGAUAUCCUCCAGGGGCGGAGGAAGCUUGUUUGUGGCAAUGAAAUCCAAGCUUAUACAUUUCUCUUA